UAAUCAGUGGUUUUAAUUUAUCGCAGGCCUCUAUCUCAGUUUGCAUUGAUAUUGUUGGACAGGCAGUUGUUCGUUUAUGCUAAAUUUGUUUUAAUGAAACAACAUGACAAUAUUUCACCUGUACUAUACUACAACUAUCUAGGUGAAUGACCUGAGAGUUGAAAUGUCAGCUGUUAGCCAAAGAAAACAAAGACGUCACAAGUGGUGGAAUAGGAAACGACAGCAAGAAAAUCAAAAUGAUGGAUCUGAAAAUGAACAAUCAAUAAAGAAGAGAAAAAAAUCAGAAGUUCAAGAGAAUGAGGAAGAAAACAUAUCAGCAGAAAAAAAUUCAAAUCCUUGUUCAAGAUUCAUUUUAUUUAUUGGAAACCUGCCAUUUGAGUGUACAGAAAGUGACAUCAGAAAUCAUUUCGAUUCUGACGGAGGCAUAACUGAUGUAAGAAUUUUAACGAAUAAGACAACAGGAAAGUCAAAAGGUUGCGCUUUCUUGGAAUUUGAAAACAAAAAGUUUCAAACCAAAGCCCUACAACGCCAUAACAGCACCAUGUGCGGAAGACGGAUAAACGUUGAAGUCACUUGCGGUGGUGGCGGGAAGGGAGAACAACGGAUGACUAAACUGAGGAGUAAGAUUGAUAAAAUGAAAGAGAAAAGAAAGAAAGCAAAACUAAAGAAGAAACAAAGGAGUAUUGGCACCCGCAAUGAUAAAUGAUUUUAAACAUUUGUUUUAUUUAAUAUAUGCGUUAAUGUGAAUCAUGAAUUAUGAAAACCAGACAGUGAACGGGCCAAAUAUAUGAAGUCUAAUGAUCUCGACCGGUCUAACUUUAGUCGCUUAGCUGGCUUUAAUUCUUCUAUUCAAUAAAGUCACGACCCCCUUUGAAGAAAAAAGCAUUUUUUUAUUUGUCACUAGGCUUUUGAUUGUUUUUGAUGAAAGUAUCGGCCAUUAAAUGGAAAUUACAUUUUGCUUACUGCUAGUAAUAUUUCAAAAUCUUGCACUCCUUACUACUAAAAUGUAUUCCAACAAAUUGACAUUAAAUGAUGCAGAAGAAGUUCAAUUAGCCUUUCUCACGAUGACGAAUAUGCCGCCAUUUUUGGGGUACUCAGUU